UUCUUUAAUUGUUUUAACCUUAUAAUGCUACAAAUAUUUUGUUCUAAAAAUCAUCUCAAUUCUUGAAUCUUUCUUCUUUCUUAAAAAAAAAAUCUCAAAGUUUCAAAAACUAUUUUCUUGAUUAUUAUUUUUUUUAUAGAAAAUAUGGGGAGCAAUUAUUUUGGUGAAUCAAACUUUGUAAAUGAAAGAUCAUCUUCAUCUUCAUCAGGAUCAUCAAGAAAAAACAAGAAAAAUAAUUCAGAAAAACCAAACAAACAACCACAAAGAGGACUUGGUGUUGCUCAAUUAGAGAAAAUUAGAUUGCAUAGUGAAAUGGGUGCUAAUUAUCUUCACAAUAAUAAUCCUUAUGCCAACAAUCUCACUCAGGAGGAUAUGAGACUACAAGCAACAUAUUCAUCAUCUUCAUCUUUUUCAUACUCAACAACUUCUUCUACUUAUGGUUAUCCCAACCACCAAGGCAUUAUGAUGGGAAUGAGUGGUAUUGAAGGAGCAAAUAUCAGAUAUGGAGAUUCUCAGCCUAAUUCUAGACAAAGUACAUGGCAUCCUGGCACAGUAUAUGAUCCUCAAGUGUAUGCUCAACCAAAUAUGACUAGACAUCACCACAACAUGCAAAUAGAGGAUUCAAUGGAAAGGAGGAGAAAGAAAGAUAGAAGUGACUCUAUUGGUUCAAAUAGUCAAAAUUCUGAAUCAAAUGGCUGUCAAGAUUUAGAUUUGGAGCUCAGACUUUCUCUUUGAUUUACUACUAUUAUUACUAUGGAUUUGAAUAUAUCUUAUUAUACUAAUUAGUUAAUAGUG